GCCAAUGGAUGAUGCCUUUGAACCCCAUUUCUUUGUGGAAGAAAAGUUUCAAGAUUUUUAUUUCCGCUGUUCUCUUUCAAAGAACGUCUUUUCUGUCAAAGGCCGCAGAAGAUGCACCCAGAAAGCCCCACUGGAGACCCAGGAGAAAAAGAACAGAAGAAAGAUCCCAAAUUAUUACCUUUUGUACAGUCUCAUUCAGACUCUGGCCCAGGCCUUGAACUCUGCCUAUUCCUCCAGAUGGAGGAGGGGAAGGAAGGAGGGCGAAGGGAGGUUGGGGGCUCCAAGGCUGCAGCCGUGGCAGUUCCAUCCUUUCCUGCAGAAGAAUCAGUUUUACAAUAUUUCUCAGAGGAAACUCUACUUGGAUCAAAAUGGAGAUGUAGCAGCAGAUCUGGGAAUUGUGAGCUGGUUGAUUCUCCCCAAGGGGGAUCCCAUCAAACUUCGAAUGGGGGCUUUGCAAAGACAGAGACUUAAUAUCUUCCAAGAUGCUCUUUCACAGCUAAAGUUGCUCAACAAGUCCCUGCCUCAGUCCAAAUGUGUGGAAAGUUGCCAUCCUGGAUUUGUCAAGAGGGCUCGAGAAGGAGAGCCAGUUUGCUGCUAUGAUUGUGUUCCUUGUCCGGAGGGGACCUUCUCCACUCAAAAAGAAACUGGUGUCAGGAGUGGGAUUCACCAUCUUCCAUCUGCCACCAGGGACAACAGAUGGGGCAGCCCUAUAGGCCUUGUGGCCUCUGGGGGUCUCUGCUCCCCCUCGGCCUCUCCUGGGGACCCCUGGGCUCCCCUCCAGCUUCUGGCUGCUCUCCUCUCUCCUCUUCUCCUGCGGGCUCUUCGGCCCCCGACUGCUCAGCCUAUUCAGCUGCUCAGUUCUGGCUCCCAGAUCCGGCUCUGGCCAGACUCACCUGGCACACGAG